AUGUUCCGCGCUUUUGCUCGACGCCUCGUGUCUCGCACAUUGCCGCUGUUGCAAGUGCCAAACCAUGAUCUGCCAGAGGGCUUUGAGUUUCUUGAGAACAAGGUGGUGGACAAGGACAUCCACGCUACCCACGAAAACUUGGAGACUCUCAGAUUUACACUUACACGGCAGGAUGAAUUUCUCAUGCGGGAAAACCCUGUAAAGUGUGUCACUGUGACUGGUGUAAACGGUGAAUACGGCAUUUAUCCUGGCCACGCCUACAAAAUUGUUCAGCUUGUACCUGCUCCCCUGACGGUAGAGUUUACGGACGGUACCACGAAGAAAUACUUUGUGAGUGGCGGCUUUGCACACAUCAAUAAUGAAGGUUCAUGUGACGUGAAUGCCGUGGAGUGUGUCGCUAUGGAGGACCUUGAUCUUUCCGCUGCCGAGAAGGCACUUGCUGCGCAACAAGCUUCUUUAGGUUCCGCAAAGGACGAGAAGGCCAAGGCAGUUAUUGAGAUCCGUAUUUCUGUUCUUGAGAGCGUCAUUGCUGCUUUGAAGCAUCACCAUUAA